UCGGGCGCUGAGCGCCACGGCCCGGGUGCACGAUGGAGGCAAAGGCGGCCUCCACGCCGGCUACUGGUGGCGCCGGGUGCUCGGUGACGGCGGAGGAAACCGAAAAGUGGAUGGAGGAAGCGAUGCAAAUGGCCAAAGAAGCCCUAGAAAAUACUGAAGUUCCCGUUGGCUGUCUCAUGGUCUACAACAAUGAAGUUGUGGGGAAGGGACGAAAUGAAGUUAAUCAAACCAAAAACGCUACUCGACAUGCAGAAAUGGUGGCCAUCGAUCAGGCCCUGGACUGGUGCCACCAAAGUGGCAAGAGUCCUUCUGAAGUAUUUGAACACACCGUGCUGUAUGUCACUGUGGAGCCGUGUAUUAUGUGUGCAGCUGCUCUCCGCCUGAUGAAAAUUCCGCUGGUGGUAUACGGCUGUCAGAACGAACGAUUUGGUGGUUGUGGCUCCGUUCUAAAUAUUGCCUCUGCUGAUUUACCAAAUACUGGGAGACCAUUUCAGUGCAUUCCUGGAUAUCGGGCCGAGGAAGCAGUGGAAAUGUUGAAGACCUUCUACAAACAGGAAAAUCCAAAUGCACCAAAAUCAAAAGUUCGGAAAAAGGAAUGUCCGAAACCUUGAACUUGUUCUGAGGGAAGGCUGAUGCCCCUUGAUGACAUUCUUGGACUGAAAGUUGUUGACGUCAUUGAAUCAUACGUUCAUAUGUGCCCUCAACCCCUGGGAAAAUUAUCUCCCAUUAUUUGCUGUGUUCAGGGAACAAAUUAGCACUUUUUAAAAGUCUGACAGUUGUAGACAAUGGUUAGCUUUUCCAUAAGCUUAAAGAACAUUGUAAGAAGGGGAUAAAAAUAAAGAUUGAAAUUUUAGAAAUUAGUAAGCAGUGCAUGCUCUUCCUGCCAAAAUCAUUGUGCCUGGGCCAGGAAAGUCCUGAGUUUCAGUGAAUGUGUAUCCAGACCCAGUUACCUGGCAUGUGUCCGGACUGGAGUUUGCCACACUGUGGACACCUGCUUUCGGCCUGGCUUUUCAGAAUCGGGUCCUUCAUUCUUUGCAGCUACUGUGUCCUCCCAGGGUGUUGAGGGCCCAUGACUUUCUACACUUGAUCUUAGCCAAAAGGCCAAGAAGCGAUGAGGGCCCGUGACUUUCUUGGAAUUUGUCUAUGAGUUGUAUACAUAUAGAUUAUGAUUGUGUGUGCCUCAGAACUGAUUUCUUUUUGCUUUUAUAAAGCAGUUCGAGAAAAUGCAUACUUUUAAAAACAAGUACGUGUCAUUUUUAAAUUAUAGCAUAUUGCUAUAAUAAAACCUUACUUACGCCUUCUUUGAAGAUGAAGAUGAAUAUUUUCUUAAAAGAUAA